UUCAACAAUUCCCCACCGGCGAAUCCACAUCAACGUUUCAAGCGCUCACUUGCUUAUACUGCAAUCCUGCGGCGUGGACACGAGGGAAAGCUUAAAUCUCGCUCACACUUUUUCUCCCUCAGUUAUUUGUUAUGACGAGUAGCUUCUCAACCACGUCUGCGCCGUCUUACUAAAAGUCUGCUUAUAGGUUAAUAUGGCAAAAAUCCUCCAAGCUGUCAGCGUUGUGAAAUCUUUGAGACAAGGAUGCGUGUUAGGCAGAAACGUGGGGAACGCGGGCUGCCUGAGACUUCACGCUGCAAAACUUUUUAGUGUCAAGGUAUCUGGUCUACUGGUUCAAGACUACAGCCACGAGUACAGCCACUGGAACUCUGUCAAGUCUCUGGGUCAAUGGCUGCAAGAAGAGAAGGUUCCUGCACUGUUUGGGAUAGACACCAGGAUGCUGACCAAAGUCAUCAGAGAUAAGGGAACAGUUUUGGGGAAGAUUGAAUUUGAUGGUCAGCCUGUCGACAUAACUGACCCCAAUCAGAAAAACUUAGUAGCAGAAGUUUCAACCAAGGAAGUCAAAGUUUUUGGAAAAGGCAACCCAAUUAAAGUGGUGGCUGUCGACUGUGGCAUUAAACAUAACAUAAUUCGACUGCUGGUUAAGCGAGGUGCAGAAGUCCACCUAGUGCCGUGGGACCAGGACUUGCUUAGUCUAGACUAUGAUGGCCUGUUCAUAUCUAAUGGACCAGGAGAUCCAUCUCUGGCCAAGACACUCAUCAAUAACGUGCACAAGGUGCUGGAGAGCGAUCGUCCCCAGCCAGUAUUUGGGAUCUGUAUGGGCAAUCAGAUCACUGCCCUGGCUGCAGGAGCCAAGUCAUACAAACUACCUAUGGGCAACAGAGGCCAGAACCAGCCGGUGUUGAAUGUGAUGACGGGCCAGGCCUUCAUUACCGCACAGAACCACGGUUAUGGCAUAGACAGCGAGUCCCUGCCCCCAGGGUGGGGCCCGCUUUUCAUCAACGCAAAUGAUGGCACCAAUGAGGGGAUCAUGCACAGCACUAAACCUGUUUUUACAGCCCAGUUUCACCCUGAGGCUAAGGGCGGUCCCACGGACACAGAGUUUCUCUUUGAUGUCUUUUUGUCCCUGAUCAAAAAAGGAAAGAAUAUCAGCAUAGCGUCAGUCAUGCCCAUAAAACCCAGCAUCCCUCCCAGGGCCCAGGUUUCAAAGGUGCUUGUAUUGGGUUCUGGUGGCCUCUCUAUUGGUCAGGCUGGUGAGUUUGACUACUCUGGAUCUCAAGCCAUCAAGGCCAUGAAGGAGGAAAACCUGAAGACGGUGCUCAUGAAUCCAAACAUAGCCUCCGUUCAGACCAAUGAAGUGGGCUCCAAGCAGGCUGACUCAGUCUACUUCCUGCCUGUCACGCCAGAAUUUGUAACAGAGGUCAUCAAGACAGAGCGUCCAGACGGCAUCCUGCUCUCGAUGGGUGGACAAACUGCACUCAACUGUGGGGUAGAGUUAUUCCAGCGUGGGAUCUUGGACCAGUAUGGGGUGAAAGUCCUUGGAACCCCUGUGGAGUCCAUAAUGGCAACAGAGGACAGGCAGCUUUUUGCUGACAAACUAAUGGAGAUCAAUGAGAAAAUUGCACCUAGUAUUGCUGUUGAGUCGGUGUCUGAUGCAUUACGAGCAGCAGAGCAGAUAGGCUACCCGGUGAUGUUGCGAUCGGCGUACGCUCUGGGGGGUCUGGGCUCUGGUCUGUGUGCCAAUAAAGAAAAGCUGGAGGAAACUGCCCAGAAGGCUCUGGCCAUGAGCAAUCAAAUCCUCGUGGAAAAGUCUUUGCUUGGCUGGAAAGAGGUGGAAUACGAGGUGGUACGAGACGUUGCUGAUAACUGUGUCACCGUCUGCAACAUGGAGAACUUCGAUCCACUGGGCAUCCACACAGGUGACUCCAUUGUGGUGGCACCAAGCCAGACAUUAUCCAAUGAGGAAUACCAUAUGCUCCGUGAAACUGCUAUCAAGGUGGUACGUCACCUUGGCAUUGUUGGCGAAUGCAACAUCCAGUAUGCCUUACACCCAUCUUCUUUGGAGUACUGCAUUAUUGAGGUGAAUGCACGGCUAUCGAGAAGCUCAGCUCUUGCAUCCAAAGCAACUGGUUACCCCUUGGCAUUUGUGGCUGCUAAGCUGGCUCUGGGAAUCCCCCUGCCUGAGAUCAAGAAUGCUGUAUCAGAGAAGACCACAGCCUGCUUUGAGCCCAGUUUAGACUACAUCGUCACCAAGAUUCCUCGCUGGGACCUCGACCGCUUUCACGGCAUGUCUCGUGAAAUAGGCAGUGCCAUGAAGAGUGUAGGAGAGGUGAUGGCAAUAGGCCGUACGUUUGAGGAGAGUAUGCAGAAGGCCUUAAGGAUGUGUCAUCCAUCAGUAGAUGGCUUUGUGCCCCAGCUGCCACUCAAGAAGCCGUGGUCCGACACCCACGAUCUAGAACAGGAGCUGGCUGUGCCCUCCAGCACCCGCAUCUUCUCCCUCGCUAAGGCCCUCUACAGUGGCAUGAUGAGUGUUGAUCAGAUCCACCAGCUGACAGCCAUAGACAAGUGGUUCCUCCACAAACUUCAUGGAAUAACAAACGUGGAGCAACAUCUUGCAAACUACAACAGUGGCACAGUCCCCAAGGGGAUGUUGCUAAAGGCCAAGCAGGACGGCUUCUCAGACCGGCAGGUUGGUCAGAUUCUAGGCUGCAAUGAGGGAGUAGCAAGAGAGCUGAGGCUCAAUUAUGGCAUCAGACCUUGGGUCAAACAGAUUGACACUUUGGCUGCAGAGUACCCAGCAAUGACCAACUACCUGUAUUGUACUUACCACGGUCAGGAGCACGAUCUGGACUUUAAAGACCAGGGAAUUAUGGUUCUUGGUUGUGGACCCUACCACAUAGGCAGCAGUGUUGAGUUUGACUGGUGUGCGGUGUCCAGCAUCAGAGCCUUGAGACAAAUGGGCAAGAAGACAGUUGUAGUAAACCACAACCCAGAGACGGUCAGCACAGACUUCGAUGAGUGUGAUCGCCUUUACUUUGAAGAACUGACCCUGGAACGCAUUCUGGAUAUCACCCAGCAGGAGGGUUGCUCUGGCUGCAUCGUAUCAGUGGGAGGUCAGAUUCCUAACAACCUAGCCGUCCCCUUGCACAUGAGUGGGGUGAAGAUUCUCGGGACGAGCCCCCUGCAGAUCGACCGAGCUGAAGAGCGCUCAGUCUUCUCCAGUAUCCUGGAUGACCUCGAGGUUGCCCAAGCCCCAUGGAGGGCCCUGAGCUCCCUGGAAGACGCGUUUGCCUUCGCUAACCAGGUGGGGUACCCCUGUCUGCUGAGGCCCUCCUAUGUUCUGAGUGGCUCUGCUAUGAACGUUGUGUACGGUGAAGAGGAGAUGAAACGCUUCUUGGAAGAGGCUGCACACGUGUCCCAGGAGCAUCCAGUUGUCAUCACCAAAUUCAUACGUGGUGCCAGGGAGGUGGAGGUAGAUGCUGUGGCCAAGAAUGGCAAGGUUUUGGUUCAUGCCAUAACAGAGCAUGUGGAAGAUGCUGGGGUGCACUCUGGAGAUGCUACCCUAAUGCUGCCAACACAGACCAUUAGCCAAGGGGCACAGGAAAAGGUUAAAAUUGCCACCCGAAAAAUCGCGCACGCAUUUGAAAUUUCUGGGCCAUUUAACACUCAAUUUCUGGUUAAAGGCAAUGAUGUCAUGGUGAUCGAAUGCAAUCUGCGAGCGUCACGCUCCUUCCCUUUUGUAUCCAAAACAAUUGGUGUCGACUUUAUCAACGUGGCAACCAAAGUGAUGGUGGGAGAGCCUUUGGAUGAGGCCAGCCUUCCCUCGCUCGAUAAACCCAUCAUUCCCGUGCACUACGUCGGAAUCAAAGCACCCAUGUUCUCCUGGCCACGACUGAGAGAUGCAGAUCCUGUACUUCGCUGUGAGAUGGCUUCCACUGGAGAAGUAGCUUGUUUUGGACCAAACAUUUACUCGGCCUUCCUGAAAGCUAUGCUGUCCACCGGCUUUAAGUUGCCUCAGAAGGGCAUCCUGAUUGGGAUUCAGCAUUCGUUCCGACCCAGUUUCUUGGCUACAGCAAACCAGCUGAAAGAGGAAGGCUUCAAGCUCUAUGCUACUGAAGCCACUUCCGCUUGGUUGUGUGCCAAUGACGUUCCUGCCAUUCCAGUAGCCUGGCCCACUGGGAUGGGUGGAGACAACAGCUUGCCCAGUAUUAAGAGAUUGAUCAGUGAGGGUCAUAUCGACCUGGUGGUCAACUUGCCCAAUAACAAUACUCGGCACGUGAAGGAUAACUUCCUCAUCCGCAGAAUGGCCAUUGACCAUGGAGUCCCACUCAUUACCAAUUUUCAGGUGGUAAAGCUAUUUGCUGAGGCGAUCCACUAUGCAGCUCAGCUGGACACUACAAGUCUUUUCCACUACCGACAGAAAGAAAGCCAACAAAGAGGGUCUGGCCAGCAGGGUUAGAAUUUCCUCUCCAGUCCUGUUGCCAAACAGCAAUAUUAAGUGAGAGCAAUAUUUUGUACCAUUUUCUUAUAACACUUGGAGCCAAGCUUUCCACAUUAAUGGGGAAAUAAGCCCAUUUUAAAUAAACCAGAAUUCUCCUAAAGUCAGGGCUUUUACAAUAAUUAAACUCUGCCUUUCCCAAAAGGUCAGACGGGUCAUUAGAAUAAAUGUCCCGAACUAGGAAAGAGAUGAGUGUUGUACUGAAUUAGGAUAAACAUCAGCCAUCGAGUUUCUUCAUAACCUGGCAAUCCAAAAACUGUUAAUAUUAAUAGCUAGCAAGCUAAAAAGCAUUAUAGAACUAAUUACUAAUAAUUAAAGCCCUUUCGUUGGAGCGCAAAACCAAUUCUAAAGGGUGACUUAUAAAGGGGUACCAGCGAAGGUAAUUACACUGGAUUUUCAAUUAUGUAAAUCCCUAAGGAGAGUUUAUGUUCUUUUGUUGUUUCAUUUAUGGCUCUCGCUGGAUGUAAUGAAAUGAAAAUUUUCAAUUUCUCAGCUCUCCUCAGUAAAUUUUAAUGCUACUGGCUUGGCCAAAAGACUUUAGUUUGGAUGGUGCUGUAUGUAAAGCAUGUACUAUAUCCAUAACUUUCAACAUAAGUGUAGAUAAACAAACUGAAAUAAUAGACUUUUCCCCCAUUUUGGUAAGAAAUCACUGUUAUUUUCAAGGGCAUCGGUCUGGAACACAAACUUUGAAGUUUGAAGAAGAUGGCAACCUCCCUGUUUAUAUAUUUGGAUCGAUAUCUGUAUAUGCCAUAUGUUUCAAAUUCAGUCUGCAUGUGAACCUGCUGUGCAUUUUAAUGCAUCAAAGUGAAAACGCAUUCAACCAGACGUUGUGUUGAAAUAAUAGUCUCAUAUUUUGUUACGUGCUUUUGGUAAUAGUUGUUUUAACAAUCAGUGAAACACAAUAAAGACUUAUUUCACAUAA